AGAUAAUUUACAUUAUAAGUCAUAUAUUAAUAGUUAAAGGCAGUAAUUUUAUAUUUAUAAAUAAAGUGUCUCUCCUAUUAAUGAAUGAUCCUCUACCAAGAUGGCUCCCUAGCGACAAGUGCAUUUCGCAUAAACACCGAAUGGUUGGGCUUGUCGUGUACUGUAAAGGAUCAAACACGCAAUUAAAUUUUAAUAAAUAGAGUUUAAAUUUAAACAAAAUAAGGUAAAUGGUAUAUGAAAACGUAUUUAUUUUCGCAUUUUAUUCUUUAUUUGUUGGAAUUAAAAUGAAUUUAAUUAGGGCAACAGCAAGGAAGUGUUGUUAGACUGAGUCUUGUGUUUGCCGACUACGCCGUAGUAGUAGUAGUCAUAGUAUGCUUAAGUUCAUGAUUCAGUCAUUCAUAGUGCAUAAUAAUGCAUAGUAUAGUAAUCAAGUUAAAGCAGGCACUCCUCAGAAUGGCGGUCCCAUUUAAAAAUAGAAUACUAUUGGUUAGAAAAUGUCCGGCUACCAGCCUAGUAGCCGCUGAUAAUUUUUUUGGUUACUUAAAACUUAAAAGUAUUCUUUAUUUUUUUUAAAUUUAAAGAUUGUGAUCUUCAUUAACCUCUGCAUCAUCAUCAUCUCCUGGAAAAAAAAUAGAAGAAAGAAAAACAAAAGUUAUCUCUGUCUCUGUUGAAAUAUUAUUAGACUGUGUUCAGCAAGUCACACUAACCAAAGCAUACAGUGCCUUCUGCAUUGUUUUAUGUGUUUGUAGAAUGUUUCCUGACAAAACAUUUAUUUGAAAUAUGAACUGGCUCCUACGAUCUGCCGGCUAUGGUAUUGUUUAUUUUAUAUUAUUACAAGAAAUAAUUAGUCUGCAAACAAAAUUUGAAGUAAAAAUUAUGUUGACGUCGUCACCAUUUAUCGGCGGCUAUUAGGCUGGUAGCCAGACACUUUCUAACAAAAAGUAUUCUAUUUUUAAUUUAGUACGUGCCAGUAAGCAUCACUAUCACUUCACUACUAUCAGUAUCAGUAUUAAAUGAGUGAGACAAGUAAUUUACUGGUUACUAAAAAUUAUAAUGGUCGUUAUCAUACAAUUAUUUAAGAACUGUUCUCUGACACUAUUGACUAUGGGCACGUUGAUGGAGUAGAUCAAAGCCUAAAAAAAAAAUAACAAUUUUCUGCUUUCAGACAAAAUUGACUAGAAACCAUGUCAGAGGAGGAAACAAAUACAGAUACAAUCAAAACCCAUCUUUUAAGUGAGAAUGUGGCAGUAGAGGAACCAAGAUUAAAUCCAUCAGCUCCUCUAGAUGAAGAAUUGUCUAUUGAACCUAAUCCUCAAAACCAUAUAUUCCAAACUUCACAACAACCAUCUGUUAUUUUGAACCAUAGUCUACCAGUUUAUCCCAAGAUGGCUGUAGAACAAGGUCCACCAACAAUAUUUGGUAGAGUUCCUGAACGAAAUGUGACAUUUUGUAUUGACACCUCUGGAAGCAUGUUCCAAUGUCUGGAUGUAGUUAAAGAUCAUCUGAUGGAGACUCUAUUUGCCCUUGCUUCUCAAGAGAAUCAGCCAAUGUUCAAUUUGAUUGAAUUCAACUCCCAGGUUACCAAAUGGGCUGAUAAGCUCGUAAAGUGCACACCUGAAACUGUGGCUGUUGCUGGCAAAUGGGUAAGGGACUUACAGGCAAAAACAGGCACCAACACGCAAGAUGCUCUUCUUGCAGCACUGUCAGAUCCUUCAUGUCAAGCUAUUUAUCUUGUUACUGAUGGGUUACCAGAUCAGUAUCCAGAAGAAGUAUUGGAUAAUGUUGUUGGUGUGUGUGGAAAUCGACGCAUACACUGCAUCUACAUAACUGGCGAAACUGCAGAUGAAGCUGCCACAGAGUUUCUAGAAGAUCUAGCUGUGGAGACAUACGGCUCUUUUCAUAUUGUCACCCUGACCACUCAUGGCUGUGUAGAGCGAGUAACUCCAAUAUAUCGCUCUGAUCAUACACAUGAAAAGAUCGUGCACACUGUAAAUAACACUCUCAGGCCUAACAUAAAAACUUGCAGUGUGUCUACAACACUUCAGAUUGAUCCAGAUGAAGUGUUAGGUUUGACUCCUAGUGUUAGAUCAAUGUUGUACCAACCAAGUCCCCUGGUCUUGCCUUCACCAUUAGUAGGCUACGGUCCCACUCGCUAUUAUUACCCUUAUUACUGGUCAAGGUAUCGCCCAGCCAAGGCAUGGCUUAAAGCCCAGGACAAGUUAUUUGACCCAUUGUUAGGACUGUCUCCAGCUGCUGGAAGCGUGCUGGUAGGAAAAAAGGUUAUAGCAAGGAGAAUUGAAGAUGGCUUUUUUUACAAAGCAACAGUGCAAAGCCAGGUAUGUUCCAUUACCUGUCAAAUACAAUUAUGAUGGAAUGAUCUGAUAAAAUUAAUAAUAAAUUAUCCCAUUCAUUGUGUAUGAAUAAAUACAAUCAGUCUAAUGGAUACCAAUACAUAAAUGAUAAACUUCAGACCAAUUGGAUUAUAUGUUUGUUUUGUUUUGAGCAUGGUACCACUGAAUGUGAAGUAAUAUUGUGUUUGCUUUUUGUGAUGGUAAUGGAUAAAGAACAUGCAAUUUUGUUACAUUGAUGUUACAUUAUUUAACUGUAAAAUAUCUUUUUAAAAAAUAACAAUAUUUUAAUAUUUAAAAUUUAUUUCCAGUGCCUUGGUGAAAAGUUUCUUGUAGCUUUUGGUCCCUGCAAACAUGGAAAAUACAGACAAACAGAAUAUCAGGACACUUAUGUCUUUGACAUAGUUGACUACCCUGAUGCUUUACGGCAUACAAUCAUCACAGGAGACCGGGUUUUGGCCCCUUGGGAACCAGAAGGAGAAAGAUUUGCACCAGGAAUAGUAAUUGAUGGUCAUGAGAAACGACAUGCAGAAGGUAACCUUGGAAAUGUGGUUUGAGAUAUUUAGUAGAAGGGGGGAAAAAGGAAAUGGUUUAAAUAUUAAAAAUGUCUGUUAUUGCAUGCAGAAACUGCAUUUGUAUAGUGUUAUUGCUAUAAUAUGGUAUUCAUAUAAUUACAAAGAACUAGAAGUUAUAGAGUACAGGGAAACCUGUUGUUGUUCGUCCUUGAGUAGUAGCCUUGACUUGAGCUGUAUUUUGUUUAAAGUGAGGGAGAGUUGCUCAAUUUGUCAGCCUCACUUUGUUUUCCUCACCUAUUUGAUCCAAUGGCAAGGACAAGAGAAUGGAAAUACACCAGCAUUGUGUCUUAUGUGUUUCACUGUGCUCUUUAUGCAUUCUGUGUCACAGGAGUGGUCAGAAUUUUCAAUGUGUCAAAGUCAUAACACCUACGUGACUCAAUCUAUGGAUUUGAUUUCAGAGUUUGCCUUCUUUUAGAUGAGUUGCCAUCGCAGAUUAACAAGUCCCAUCCACCCAGGAUGCUUGUGAUGUUUUUGCUGGUCUAGGCAUUUUAUUGGGAUUGACUCAGUUUAAACCCCUCUGCCACCCAGCACAACAGGGAAACUUAAAUUCUAAGCAAAUGACUGAACUUAUGGUUUAGGUACCUUUCAACUAGGCUAGCUAUCCCAUGUUUGUACGCUCAAAGUAACGGUUGUAUGACAAGCCACUGUAUCUAAAUACCUAUGAAGCUAAAUAAAAGGAGGUUUUAUUAGAAAAUUUAUAUGGAUAUAUAAAGACAGAUUAAGAUUCAAUUUUUAUAAUUCCAUUAAUGAGGUUCAAGUGCUGUGAAAAUAGUUGAAAAAGAGAAAUGGUUGUAACAUUUAGUUUUAAAUGAAAAAAAAAAAAAAGUUACAACCUUGGGUUGACUUGUUUAUCUUAUACCUGUCAUGCCAACAGCCAGAGGGUCUUCAGCUAAUCCAGGAUUUGUUGUCAUUUAGAAACAUUUAUCUCUUAAUGAGAGAUAAUGUUGCACACUUAUUUAAAGUGUAAGUCUUAAUGGAGCAUAUGAUUUCUUGAUAAAUCUGAUUUAAUUAAGGGUCAUUUAAAAUCCUUAAAAUUAGAUCAAGGGGUCUGAAUAAUUUCCCCUUCAGGAGUCUCCAGAUUGUUGAAACUCUUAAAAAAUUAUUUGCAUUUGCCAGGUCCAGAUGACAGAUCUCUUACAGUCUCCUUUAGUAAUGGCCGAACAGAAAAGAUACCACAAGAAACAGCUGUUUGGCUUCCUCCAUCUGUUUAUGAAAGGCUUUCCCUUGAGCUUCAGAUGCCUAAGGAAGCACGACAGAGCUUGCUUUCUUAUGCUGAUAAUUAUCCUAUGGAUAAUUUACCAGGUUAGACUUCAAUAAUAAUAUCUGUAAAUGAUUUUUUUUUUACUUUUUAGGUGGAUUAUAAAUCUUAUUUAUAAGUUAAAAUUUCAAAAUUAACUACUUGAGUAUGUUGCUAAUCCAUAUAAUAUGCAAGACUCACCAUUUCUGAAACAUCAACAAAAACUGUACAUUUAUUUAGUUCUAUUUUUUAAAUCCAUAAUCUUUAAAAUUAUUAAAGAAUUGCCAUGUCAGUUUUAAUAAAUUUAAAUAUUAUUUAAAUGCUUGACUAUGAUUAACUUAAAAUAUGUUUAGCUUCCCAGUGCUAAAAAUAUUCUCUAAUGAUUAUAUUAAUUGUAAUAACUGUUUCUAAACUUGACCCCCAUAAUUUGUUAUUUUAUUUCUUUUUACUAGGUUAUCCAUCCACUGGGCCUAUUGCUGACCCUCCGGACUAUCCUGUUGUUGACCCAUUUGUAGUGGAGCCCAAUUCCCUCUUGUGGGAUCCUUAUUUGUAUAGAUAUCCACCAUACCUGCCAGCAUAUUAUGGUUAUCCCCCAUUUGUUGUUAGCAGGCGUCAAAAAUCAGAUAGAACAAUUGAUAACACCAAGGCGGCUGAUGAUGGCACAACGAUCAUUCCUGGAACAAAUAUGACAAAAAAAGAACUUGAUGACCGUGUAAUGUCACAGCUGAUGGAGCACAGGCUUACAAUGGCAGUGGAUGAAAUUUCAAAGAGUGAUAGCAAAGGAUCAGUAACCACCAAAGAGGCUAAUUCAAAAAUUCUUGACAAACGAAAUAAUUUAGAAGAAAACCACUUGAAAAAGUCUGUGCAUUUUAGAGAUGGGUAUACUGAAGAAAUAAAUGUUGGAGAUGGACCCACAUAUUUCGAUGAUUCUGCUUUUGAUGAGUAUGGAAAUCCAAAAGGUAGGGCAGAUCAUGGGGUUAACACAGACUCAAGUCUUCUAUUUUACAGAUCUCAGGGUUUAAGAGGGAGACCAAAAUGGAAUUACUGGCGCAAUGAUCCUAGCCCAAAUGUUAGUGAUGUUGGUAUCAGUGCAGCAGAUAACAGGAGAGCAAGAAGUCCUGGCCCUUUCAGGGAAACAGCUUUGCAAGCUCCUCUAGAGGCAAGGGAUCAAAGAGAGCCACCAUAUAAUGGUAAUUAUAAAAUCUCUUUAUGUUUCCUAAUGACUUUAAAAAUAUGAGGAAAGUAUGGAACUUGAUCAUAUUCUUCCUACCCACCCCAGGAAAUGCCUCUGAACAUGAUUACGUCAUGCUCCUUAAAGUACAAUGAAAGUUUGUUUUUCACAAUUAGCUAAAUAAAUUUAAGAUUAAAAAAGUUACGUACUCCUAAAAGUUUUCAACAAAAAAAGAUACUGCUUGAAAAGGGUGUAGCAUUUUUGGUGAAAUUUUCUCUUGUCCAGAAUACACAUUUGAUAAAGUUUAGAAAUUAAUUUGUACAUUUAAUAAUAAUAUCCUUUAAUACUUAAUUUAAUUUUUUUUUUCAUUUCAAUUACAUUUUCAUUUUAAAACAUAUUUCUAUAUUUAUGGAACCUAAAUAAAACUUUUAACUGCCUUCUCAUUUGUUUAAUGUCUUUAAAAAAAAUGUUGAUUUAUUUCUUAAAGUGGAAUGGCAGAACUCAGCAUUUCAAUUUGUGGAUACUUUUGCAAAGCAUGAUCAUUCAUAUUCAGUGGAGGAAUGCCUGAGUGGACCCAAGCCCCCACCAAAACGAGAAGGCUAUCAGCAGAACCGUAAUUAUGUAGUGACUUCUCGAGCAAUCGCAGCAAUGACACCUGAGGAAAGAGAGGAAGCUCGCAGGGCAAACAGGUCAAUUUUAUCUAAUUCCUUACAAAGGCUAUCCAUAAAUGAUGCCAUAUAUUUAUAUAGGGUUGGGGGGGCACAUUAUUUGUCAUGAGAAUUUCUAAAUUUUUUGCAUACAUUUUCACUGAUCAAAUACGCAAGAUAGCAAAUAAAAAAAAUGUAUUUAUGUUCCACAACUGUAAUGAAUCGAUUUACCUAUAAUGUAAUAGAUAGUUAACAUUAUCAGUUUCAAUUUUUUUUUAUCAAAUUGUUUAAACUCUAAAAGAUUAGUUUUUAUAUAAAUAAAAGGACUGUGUUAUUUUAUGUUAUAGGCGCAGGCGGGUAUUAAAACGUGAGGCUGAUUGGCACCUAAGGAUGGCAGAUGAAGACCAUGUCAAAGCCCUUAUGCAGGAUAACCAUCGGGAACGUAUCAUCAGUCAAAUGGAAAGAGAUCGGCAACGUCAGAUAAAAGAACAAACAGACAUUGAGAAAGUACGAGAAGCAAAAAAGAAAAUAAGCUCUGAACUAAAGGCAAGAAUUGAAAAAAACCAAAAAGAAGAAGUAGACAAGGAAACACAGUAAGUUUAAAUUAAGAUACUGUUUUGAAAAAUUUAUGGCAAAGAAAUUCAAAGACACAUCUCCAAACAAAUUUUUCAGAUGAAGUGAAAAUUUAAAUUUAAUGUUACACAUUUUUAGGUAAUUUUUUUUCCAAAAUAUGCGUUAUUUUUUCCUAAAAAAUAAUAUUUACCCCAUUAUCUCAAAUUAUUUCUAUUCUUGAAUGUUUUUUUGACUUGCUUUAAUUGAAAUUAUUUUUACAUAAUUCAAACUAUUACUUUUUUCAUCAGGCGACUUUUGGCACUUCAAAGGAGAAGAGAGAGAAGAGACAAAAUUCAAACUCAAAGAGAUAAAGAGAUUGAAGUAACAAUGCAAAGAAGAGAGGUAAGCAAAUUAUUUUCUCAAUGUUAUUAUGCAUUUUAGACAUAAAAAGAUUAAUCUUUUUUUAAAUGUCUUGUUUAUUUUACUGUCUUGACUUUUAGCAAAUUAAAAAGCAAAACACUGAAGCUCGUCUCAAGGCAUGGACAACACAGUUGGAUGAACAAGAUUCAAAGGCUGCAGCUUCAGAUAAACAGCACCGUGAUGCUAAACUAAGACGAUUGAAACAGUUCCAAGAGAUUGAAAAAGUUGGUCAGCAGAAGAAAGAUCUUAGAUUAGCUGUAAAGGAACAACAUCAAGCUCUCUAUCGAUCUCAAAUAUUCGCUUAGUUAUUUUAAUAUUCUUAGAUUCCAGAUUUUAAAAAUAAAUUAUACAAUUUUUUCUACUUUCUUGAUGUUUCCCUGCUACAGUGCCAAUGAUAAGGAAUAUGUUUUGUUUUAAAAUGACAAUAAUAUUGAUAUAAAUGCAAUGACAUUCCAGAACCCAACAAAUUUUGAUACAAAAUCCCAUAAUUUUGAGUCCUUGCUUAAUCUAAUAAAACUACAUAAGUUAAGCAAAUAUUAAGCUAACAUAGUUGUUAUCUCAAUUAUUAUUUUGAAACAUCAUGAUUGAUCUGACAUAUAACAAUGUAACAAACUUUUUUUUAAAAUAUCCUUCAUAACGUUUUUUAUUUUUAAGAUGGGUACAUUGUCAGAUUGUUUUUAGAACUACUUACUUAAAGUAAGUAUGCACCAAUUGCCUGUUAUGAGAUGUUUGAUGGCAUCUCUGGCAUAUUAAAUUUGCACAACACACAAGCCAAAAUGAUAGUUUUAUAAAAGAUGUCUCACAUAAUGCCAAAUCUUUAACAGUUUUAGCUUUUAAAUGAGUGAAUUAUUGGCACAAAUUUAUGUUUUACAUAUACCAGUUUUAAGUUUACAUUAAAAAUAAUUAAAAAUAUCUUGCAUAUUUUUAUAACUGUUUAAAUGUUGUUUUCUUUACUGCACAUGAUCCUGACUGUGAUAAUUGUAAACUAAUGGGCUUUUUAAUUUAUCUAGUAUUACCACAAAGGUUAGUAAAUCAGCACAUCAAAAGAUAUUUAUAUAAUGUAAAUGUUAUCGCUUUUGCUUAUUGUGAUUUUGAAUUAUACUAUUUCACUGGUUUGAUUGUAAAAUCAAGAAAAAUGCAGCCACUCUAUAGUUAUUAGUCUGAGAUAUGUUAGCUAAGAAUUAAUAUUCUUAAUUUUUUUUUAAAUUUGUGAACAUUUUUAUUGUCAUUAUCAUUGUUUAAUUUGAUAUUGCUCUUACAUAAAUUAGAGUUGUUAUUAUUACAAAAAAUUGAGUAAAAGUCUUACAAAAAGAAGUAAAAAAUGGCCCAUUUCGCGCAUAAUUAAAAUCAGAUAUCAAUGAAAAAAAUUGCUAUAAAUAUAAAAGUUAACCUAAAUACAGAUACAUCAAGGGCAAAGACAUUUUUUAAAGAAUAAUUUAAGAUAUUCUAAGAUGGGUCAUUUGAAAUAGAUCAAUCUCUUAUGGUAGAGCAAGAAGACAAACAUUACACAAACAAUUAGUUUAAAAUAACUUAUCUCCCUUGACCGAAUUUCAAAACUAAAUUAUAAUUUUUACAUUAUUUUUGUCUUACCUUUUUUUCAAUUACCAUAUAUAUUUUAAAUUUAAUUCAAAAGGGUAAAAUAAAUGUUUUACAAAAAUAUUUCAAACGCAGACAUAGAUAAAUGUAUGUAUAUGCAAACUUUAAGGAGAAUAUUAUUGCUUUGUGCUGUCAACUCUGAAAUUAUGUUAAACAUUUAUGUCUUUCAUUGUUCUUUGAUUUUAUUAUUUUAAAAAUGUAACAUGUACCAACAAAAAAAUGCAGCUUGAAAUCACACUCUGUACCUGAAUAUCACAUUAUAAAUGUUGGCAUCUGCAUCAACUCUUAUAUUUUAAAGUUUCUUUUUCAUUUCCAAAUCUUAACAUUUAAAAAAAAUAUCUUCUAGAGACUUGCUAGAUAAACAAAAGAUUAUUGUCCCUAGAUUUUUUGCAUGAUUCAAAGUAGAACUUUUGCUGCACAUAUAUUUAUUUUAACUAUAAUUCAUAAUAAUAUUGAUAGUUUUUAAAACAUCAAUACCUAAUAGCCUGUUGCAUUAAAUAAUUUGUUAGCCAACUUGGUUUAUGAUAAUUUUGAGAACAUUUAUUGCAGUCAUACCCUUUUCCUAGCAUCAAUUAAUUUUGAUAAUCUUAAGUAAAUGGAGAAAAGUUAAAUCAACAGUUGCAAAUGGACAAAUUUAAAAAAAUUAAAUUAACAUUUUUAAAAUUGCUAUACCACUUGCAAAAUAUCCAUACAAUGUAAUGACUACUUCAUUUACUUUUGACCAUGCAACUAUUAAGCUGUUUAAUUUUCCAAAUGCAGACAUAGCACUGAAAAAUAUGUUUGUGAAAUAAUUUUUGAAGUCUAUUCAAAGUGGACAACCAGACCACAAUUUUUCUGUUUAAAUAAACACAUGCAAUCAGUAGAAUAAAAAUAUUUAAACAUA